ACUUGAACCACUCGUCCACUGUGCCAAGCUAACGACACAUUUGCUCCCACGUUUGCUCCCUGUGACACUAGAAAUGGUCUUUCCCAUAUCCCUUCUAAUAAAUUGACAAGAGGAAACAGCACAGAAGUCCACUCCAAAGCCUCCCUGAAUUGGAUGUGUUUUCAUUGUACCAGACAGGUGUUUUUGUGCCGAGUUCACGUCAAGUUCCAGGAGCAGCUGGAGCAGAGAGAGGGAAAACCUGCACGGAUCCACUAUUGACCUCCAUCUGCGGACACACACAGGCCUAGCCCGCAGCAAAGCGAUAUAACUGGCUCUCAUAGCUCUCGCUCGUUCAAAGGAAGGGGGGAAAUUUUACAGCCGUACUUAAUGCAGUCAGCCGGGGCUGAGACCAGACCACUAGUGUUGAACAAAGGCCAUUAGGUGGGUUGGAAAGCCCUUGUCAUCAGCUCUCAAAAGAUGACGGAGGCCAUGUUUGGGACAGUGAACGAUCAGUGGGUCUGUCCCAACGACCGGCAGCUGGCCCUUCGAGCCAAGCUGCAGACAGGCUGGUCUGUCCACACCUUCUGUACAGACCGACAGAGGAAGAGCCAGAUGCUGGAGCAGCAGGAGAUGGAGAACAUCCUUAGUGUCAUCCGCAGGGCUGAGGAACUGGAACAGACUGAACAGCUCCGCAUCGGGAGGCUGGUGGAGCGUCUGGACAACAUGAGGAAAAGUGCGAUGGGAAACGGCCUGUCCCAGUGCCUGCUGUGUGGGGAGGUCCUGGGCCUCCUGGGAACCCCCUCCGUCUUCUGUCAGGACUGCUGCAAGAAAGUGUGCACCAAGUGUGGCAUAGAGCCCCAGUGCAGUCAGAAGAGAACUCAGUGGCUGUGCAAGAUCUGCAGUGAACACAGAGAGGUGUGGAAGCGCUCUGGAGCCUGGUUCUACAAGUUCAUGCCCAAGUACGUGUACCCUGGGAAGGAGGGGCCGAGUGGUGCUCCUCUGGGACUGCGAGGAGCCAAUGGAGGAGGGCAGAAGAUGGCCAGGAGUUCCACUGUCAGCCGCACCUACACAUGGGCACACAGCAAAGUGGUGUCUAGUGGCAGCGACAGUGAGUCGGACCACAGUGAGGGAAGCGUGAAGAGCAAGGUGUCCAGCCACGGUCUCCCUGAGGGCAAGCAGCGUACUGACUCAGUGUUCAGUGGGGGGCAGAUUGCGACCCCCACAGUGCUGGGUUGGGGUCCACAGGGCAGCCUGCUGUCACAGAGCCGCUCCAGCCUAGCCAGCGAGCCCCCCCACAGCACCACCCCCCCAGCAGCCCCCCCUGAGGACUACGACACAGACCGCAGCUUCCCCUCCCCCAGAUUGUCUCCGCUGUUGAUUUCAGGUGAAAGAAGAUUCACAGUGACGAUUCCAAAUGCCAAACUUGUGUUUACCGAAAAUGUGUGAUUCAUAGCAAUAACUAGUGAGGAGUUUGUAUUUUGAGUUAUUGACAUAACUUUAAUUUACACACUGUCCUGCUGUCAGUACUUUUUGGCUGUUUGACGAUUGUUGUGCCCAAUCAAUGUACCCCACACUCCCUUACUCAUUCAGUAGACUGGAGUUAAUAUGGCAGCCAUAUGGAGUGCUGAUUGUGUUAAAUUCUCUAAGUUAAUGAACUGUGUGAAAUGUUUGCUCUUAGAUUGACCACCACCUACCUCAAGAGAUUCAGACAAAUGUGCCUCACACUCAGAAUGCUUCCAUUCAGCCAUUACACAGUAGGUAGUGUGAAGCAUAGCACAGAGAAUUUUCGAACAACCUUUUCUUGGCGGUACUUCCUCAAUUUCUUACUUCCUUAAUUCCUGACUUAGAAGAAACAACUUUAAUAAUGAAGCAUUUUCUAAAUUAGACAAUUAGACAUGGAAGUUAAGAAGCUGUGUUGUCUUCCAAGUCAGGAAUUGAGGAAGUUUUGCCAAGUAAAGGUUGGUCAAAAAUUAUCUGUGUUAUGCUUUACACUACCUACUGUGUAACGUCUGUAUGGAAGCAUUCACAUAUCACCGCUGUUUCAAAGUGUAGCUAAGCAACAGGCACCUGUCACAUUGGUUGGUGGUCAUGUCUCUCUGAUAAAUGUAAUUGUUCUGUUGCUUGGCAGAGUGAAGGGGAAAUCAAUAAAGGAAAAGUCUUGCUGCCUGA